CAAAAGAACAUAGCUAGGCCGAGCCGAACGAUUCAUAGUACAAUAUUAAUUUACAAAUUUGACAUAAGUGUUUGUUUAGUAAAAAAUGGCAUCAACUGCCCCAAAAACUUUCAGAACAGUGAAUUCAGUAAAAGAUAAAAUAAAGAAAUGGGCGUAUAAUGCAUCUGGAUUUAAUCAAUAUGGACUUCACUUAGAUGAUGUCCGUCAUGAAGAUGCUGAUGUUACUGAAGCUUUACGCAGAUUGCCCCAAAACAUUGUUGACGAGAGAAAUUUCCGUUUGGUGCGCGCCAUGCAAUUGUCUAUGAAUAAAAUCACUUUACCGAAAGAUCAAUGGAUCAAAUGGGAAGAAGAUUGGAGAUAUUUGACCCCCGUUCUGGAACAAGUAAAAAAAGAAAAAUUAGAGAAAGAUGAAUGGAACAAAAAGUAAAUCAAGUGUAUGAAUUGUCUUAGAACUAGUAAAAUUUGAAAAUUGUUGAUGUGUACUAUAAUAAAUAAAUAGAAAAAUUAUA